AUGCCAUUAGCAACAACAUCUGAUAUUCUGAUCUGUGGUUCAGGAAUCAUUGGACUCUUAUGGGCCUCUUUGCUUCACUUUCAUGGCUAUAGAAAAGUUACUAUCAGUGAAGUUUCAGAAAGGCGAAGAGGCCUUGCUAGUGGACUGAACAUGGGAUACCAAGUUGUACAUCCUGAUGUUUUGGUUCACAAUGCAAAGGAAGCAAAUUUGUCAAGUGAUGGCGAAUGGGGUUUUGAUGCUGUAAUUGACUGCAGUGGAGUGCCCACAGCCAUUGAAGAAGCUAUUAAAUGGUUGCGCUGUGGGGGAAAGAUUCUUGUCUUUGGAUGUUGCCCAAAAGGCUCUUCAAUAAAAAUUGAUCCUCACACAGUUUACACCAAGGAAUUACAAAUUAUUGGGUCACACAUCAAUCCGUAUACUUUCCCCAAAGCAAUCCAGCUUGUAAAAGAUAUGGCAGAAAAAUAUUUGAAUUAUGACAAGUUGGGAAUCACUGUUUUUGAUUUGCCAAGUUACCAGUCAGCUUUAGAUGCUCUGUCAAAAGCAGAAAUUUCAAAAGCUGUUUAUGAAAUGUGAAUAGCAUUUAAUAAAUAAUAGAUAUUUUGAUAUUUUUUUUCAAAAUGUUAAGUUUUAGUUGUAUUUAAGAAAUUAAAAAGAAUUGUUUUAUUGGUGCAAAAACUUUUGCAGGAUGUAUUAUUUUAUGAAAAAUAAAAAAAGUGUGGUAAAUCAUCCUUUUUAGUACUUUAUCAAUUACAAAUUUGGUUUGGGAAGCCUCUUUGCAAGGGUGUUUGUGAUAGACACCAGAGAAUUCUCCAGGAUCCUCUUGGUUCAGUAUUGUUUGACUUAAGUUUAAUUGCUUGGGCCUUUUUCAGUCAAGAAUGGAAGAGUAUUCCCUAACCAAUUGCUACUACAAUUUUUGAUGAAAACCCUGCUUUUACUUGUAACCUUUGCAGUUGUAAUUCUAUCUUUUCCUAGCAAAGGUGUGACAUGUGGCUAUGGAAUGGUAUAGGGGUGAAAGAGGCGUGGAUAUUGUUAGCUCUUGAUUCAUCUCUACAUUUUCUACCCUAAAAAAAUGAAAAGAAAAAAAAGAAAAAAAAAAAGGAAUGAACGGCCGUAUGAAGAUCACUUUAUGUUCUGCAUUCUCCCUUUUACCAGAUCUCAGAAAUUACCCAUCUUCCCCACCACCUGGGUUUCCUUUGAUCCGUGGAAAAAGCACUUAAUACAACAGAAAUAUAGAUUUUCAAUUCUCUUUUGAAGAAGGCAAUCAGUUCCUGUUACAUUUACACAUAUAGAAACACCUCUUUGAGACCAGUUUUUCUGGAUUAAAUUAUCGACAUAAUCACCCCUCCCCACCCUACUAAAUAAAUUAUUGAUUGAGCUCGCCCCAGUGUCCUCAAGUGAACCGAGUCGUUUUAGGAGGGAAGUUCGUAGCAUGAUAUUUGCCUAGGGUUUGUUCAGUGCCGAUUUUCUUUCGUUCCUUCACCAGAAAAAUCAUGAAUAACGCAGUACAGUUAUGGGAUGGACAUUUGUCUGUGAUUACCAGGCCUGUACCUCACGUUCAAAACCCGCUGCAAGUAGUGAUAAAAAUAACUUAUUCGGCGGUAUGCGGGACUGAUCUUAAGAUUCUCGAAGGAAAGUUUUCAUGUGAGAAGUCAGUUAUUUUAGGUCACGAAUUUGUCGGGAUUGUAAAGGAAGCAGGGAGCGAGGUGAAGCACGUAUCUGUUGGCGAUCGGUAAGCGUUUCCUCGUAUUUAUUGGUAGUUGCAUGCACUUGUACUUGUACUGAUAGCUUUGUAAAGUUGUUAUUCUUGCAUUGUAUUAAGCUCUAAAUUACGCAUUAAUAUUCGGUGAAGCGACGCUUUAAUUAUCUCAAGCUUGUUGUGGAUUGUCGAGGUUAUCUUCACGAUGGAAAAGAUAAAAAGAACUGUUUUACCCUUUUUCCUGAUCUCAAAACACCCUGCCAACUCCACGAGAAACUAAUACAUAAGCUUUGAUUUCCUUUGUGAUAUUCCUUUUGAUUACCGCCGAAUAAGUUAUCCUUUAGAUCGGACAUCUCUGAUCAAUUAAGUCUAGAAAUACAAGCUUACAUUUCUUAUUAUCACAAGUUUUCCACUGUGCUUGUUCGGUAUUAUUGCACUGAUGGCUAAUUCAUUUUCCAAGAGGUUUUUUUACAAUUCCGUUACCAUUCCCUUGCAGUUUAUUACUUAUUUGUUCAGGAAUACUUGCGCUUACUUGCAUUUGUCGUUUAUUAGCAGUAUGAAUACAAUGCUGGAAGGUUUCAUUAAAAAAAAAAAAAUUAAAUCAUUCCAUUAUCUGAUAAUGAACUGUUUUAAAAAUGUCUACCGUGAGGAAGUGCCACAAAGAAAUACCAAAUUUAAGGUAUUUUUCGUGUUAGAUCUCACAUGUAGUGUCACAUGUUGCGUUACUGACAUGACUUCUGAUUUAAAGAAACAGCAAAAGUUCAGACAUUGAGUCAACCACCCACUACCCAUUUUCUUUCCCUUUUCCUUGGCAACCAACAUUUUUCUUCAGGCGACCCUUUUAAUUGAUUUUAAGUUGCCAAAUAACAACUUUUAUUAAUAAUAAAAACUUUAGAACCUUGACAGGGUUUUGCUUAACCAGAGCAUAGGUACCACAGGUAACCAAAAAUAUAUGUCAUCCAGGAACUUAAAGAGGAAUUUGGAGAAAAGCUUUUAAGAGCAGAUUCCUGAAGCAAGAGCCUUGAUGCACCUUUUGAUUCUUUUACCAGAGCCAUAGAGCCUUUAAGUUAAGACUUUAUUCUUGGGGAGAACAAUGAUUAGCAGCUUGUUAAAUCUGUCUUAACCUUUUCACUUCCCAGAUCUUUCUAGUGAUUCCCCAUACUUUAUUAUGUUAAUUUGGAGAAUUUGUUAUUGGAUCGACUAAAUCCCCAAAUCAAUAUUUUUCUUUAUUCUUGUCACCUAUCUUCUCAAUGUUGUAUUCAUAUUGUAAGGAGAAAUUCUGUCUUGGUCACUCAUGGGAAUUAAAGGGUUAAUAUGGAUUAAGUAAGCUUUUUAGAAUCAUCCAGUACAAUGGCUGCAUCUUUAAUCAUUAUAAAAUCCCAACUGGUUUUGUUUUGUUUUGUUUUUUUUUUUUUUUUUCCCUCAGUGUUGUUGUCAACCCAAACACUAGCUGUGGAAUGUGUGACAAUUGUACCAAAGGGCAACCACAUUUCUGCAAAUUUGAAGGAGUAAAAGCUACCAUUGGUAUCAGGCGAAAUGGGGGUUGGGCACAGUACUGUCGCCUGCCAGCCAAGAAUGCCAUUCCCUUACCUCAUCAGUUAUCAUUUGAACUUGGUUUGUUACUAGAACCAAUGUCUUGUGUUGUACAUGGCUGGAAUCGUUUACAACCAAUCAAUCCAGAUGCUGAAAUUUUAGUUUGUGGAGCUGGAAGUAUGGGAUUAUUGUUCAUGAGUAUGCUGCAUUUUAGGGGGUUUAGAGAAGUCGUUGUUACAGAGCUCUUGAAGGGACGUCAAAAGAUUGCACAGAGACUGGACUUUGGUUUUCAAAUAGUUCAUCCUGAGAUUCUAAUUUCUGAAGCUAGAAAUGCAAAGCAGGAUGGGGAUGAAGAUUGGGGGUUUGAUAUUGUUAUUGACUGCACUGGGGAUCCAAAGACUUUGGAACUAGGAGUUCAAUGGUUGCGUCAAGGCGGAAAGUUUCUUCUCUUUGGCAUUUCGCCUGCUGGAUCGGAAGCAAAGCUUGAUCCUCAUGAGGUGUAUGCUAAGGAACUGAAAAUUAUAGCUUCCAGAAUAAAUCCUUUUACAUUCAACUCUUCUAUGCAAAUAUUACAGGACAUGGGAGAACGAUAUUUGAGUUUUGAAAAACUAGGAAUGCGCACUUUUCAACUCCAGGAAUUUACAGCAGCCCUUGAAGUCCAACGUAGUGGGGAAAUUUCAAAAGCAGUUUUUGAAAAUUAAAUAAUUUUUUGUAAUUUGGAUUUGGUAUAAGUCAUGGGAGUCUUGUAGAGCCAUAGAAUCCUAUGAUAUAAAUUUACCAGGUCUGAAUAGUUAUUUGGUGUGAGUUUGGAUCAUAAAAAGUUAUGGAAACAAUCCAAAUAUAGGAUUUAGAGGGUGUAGGACAUUGGGGAAAAGAAGAGGAAUAGCUGACAAUAACCCAUGCUAAAUGAUACACCAUGUGAUAGACAUUUAGGAGGCAGUCUGCUAUAGCUGCAGAACUGCAAGAGCUGUUAUUCAAUAAAUUGGAGACAUUUACAUUUAAAGAACUGAUAAUAGUAGUAAGUCAGCUCACAAUUUUGACUAGAUGACUCACCUUUUUUUAUUUACCUCUGAUCCAGUGAAAUUGUGAAGCAUGUGUUAAAGAAUCCGCCAAUUAAUUUACUCUCACAAUUAAGUAGAGCAGUGUUCAUAACAUGGCAUUUAUAACAUGGCACUUUUACCCUCUAAUUGGUUUAAGCACUUACUGCUUAUGAGCAAAAAUGCUCUUGUCGGAUAGCCAAUUGAAGGUUUUAAUAAACAUUAUAUGUGUUUUUCUUACUGUCUGCCAAGUCAUACAUGCAGGUUUGAAUGUUAUUAUAAGUAAUAUCUUUAUUUGACAAAACUCAUCAAAAAUGUUCAUGUGCAAUAUCUUGGGUGACAAGAAGAUUUCGAUUCCAUCACUUUCCCGUCCAGUUUAUUUUCUUUCAGUGUAGUUAUGGUGCAUUGUUUGUUGUCAUGUAUGGGGAGGCAUUGCAAGGAGUGCUCAUUGAUUUUUGAUUUACUUAAAGAUUCUUUGGUGAAACAGCACAAAAAGUAAAAUGUUGCAUCGAUUGCAAUAGUCACUUUAUAACACUCCUUCAAGUGUACAAUGAAAAUCAACCUUGCAGUAUCAUGCAAAUUAUUGCAGAUGCUAAAGAAAUACUGAAAAUAAACUACUGAGACAUAAACCAAGUACACAAUCAUAUAAUGGAUGUUUGUAUUUAUUUUUUAUUUUUGAAAUUUCAUGAAAAGCUGC